AAAACACCGCGUGAGUGAUUAUAACCUCGUAAAUUAAUUUUACUUUAAUAAAUUUUAAUUAUAUCGUGAAGUCCUGUGAUUUUAUCGAUAUAAUUACGUUAACAAAACAAGUUAACUAAUAAACAUGGCCAAUGCUAGUGCCGGUGUGUGUCCUAUUAAGGAAGAAUUCGUUAUAAAGAGACCAGAUAAGAAUGUUUGUGAUGAUAGCAAUAAUUUACUUGGAAAACGUAAGCUUAAUGAUAGCACUGAAGCUGAAAAUGAUAGUGGUGAAACUAAAAAAGUCAAAAAUGAAGAUGGCAAUUCGCAAGUGUUCAAACCUAAAAACAAAAACAGAGGGCAGAACAAGGCUAGACCCAAAACAUAUCAGGAUGAGAAACAAAACAAACCUUGCCCUAGCAUUAUAGACGUGACGUCAGUGGACCAAUUGCAGUCAUGUACAUACAAUAAUUGCAAAUAUAUCCAUAAUCCAUUAGACUACUUAAAAUCCAAACCAAAGGAUAUUGGGGAAACCUGUCAUGUAUUUAGCCUUCGUGGUAAAUGCGCCAGAGGCAUUGCUUGCAGAUUUGGCUCUAGUCAUAUUACAGAAGAAGGCUACAAUGUUAUCAAUGAAGAAAAAGUCAAAGAAUGGAAAGAAGAUACCAAAAACACACUCCAAGCAUCACUUCAAAUUCAGCUGCAAAAGAAGAAAUAUAAUUUAAGUUUUGCUGAAAAACUAGUAAAAGCCAUGGACACUAGAAACAAAAAAGGAAAAAGUGACAGUAAAGUGUCUGAGCCUGAUGAUGAGGUUUCAAAAAAUGAUGCUGUUUCUGAAUCUGUUGACACAGAUACAAAUGGAUCUAAUGAAAGUACAGCUGCUAAAAAGGUUUCACCUAUAGGAGCAAUAACAGAUGAAGAUAUAAUUAAAUUACUACCAAGAGAAAGAAAAACAAUUGACUGGAGAGAUAAACUAUACCUUAGCCCCCUGACUACAGUGGGCAAUUUACCAUUCAGAAGAAUUUGCAAAGGAUUUGGUGUAGACAUCACUUGUGGGGAAAUGGCAUUAUGUGAAUCAUUACUGAAAGGCCUAAAACAGGAAUGGGCUUUAGUAAAAAGACAUGAAUGUGAAGACAUAUUUGGUGCUCAAAUAUGUGGUAAUAAUGUGUAUACUAUUACUAAAGUUUCACAAUUAUUACAAGAGAAUACUGAGCUAGAUUUCAUAGAUUUAAAUUUAGGUUGUCCUAUUGACUUGAUAUACAAACAAGGAGGUGGCAGUGGGAUGAUGCACAGAUUGUCCUCACUAGAAGCCUCAGUUAGAUGUGCUUCAACAUUGCUCAGUGUACCAUUCACAGUAAAAAUGAGAACAGGAGUGUAUCAGAAUAAGAAGAUAGCACAUACAAUCAUGCCUAAAGUAGCAGAGUGGGGUGCCUCAUUGAUUACAUUGCAUGGCAGGUCCAAGGAAGGUAGAUACACAAAAUCAGCUGACUGGGAAUACAUUGAAACAUGUGCAAAAGCUGCUGCACCUUGCCCUGUAUUCGGAAAUGGAGAUAUUAUGAGUUACGAAGACUAUGUACAAAGAAGAGAAACUGCCCCCACAGUACAAGGCGUCAUGAUUGGUCGUGGGGCUCUUAUUAAACCAUGGAUCUUCACUGAAAUAAAAGAACAGAGAUUAUGGGAUAUUAGAAGUAAUGAGAGAUUUGACAUUUUAAAAAAAUAUACCAAUUAUGGUCUAGAGCAUUGGGGAUCUGACACCCAAGGAGUGGAGAACACACGCAGAUUUUUGCUAGAAUGGCUAUCAUUCUUGUACCGAUAUGUUCCAGUUGGAUUAUUGGAAAGACCACCACAGAAAAUAAAUGAAAGGCCACCAUCAUACUUUGGGAGAGACGAUUUGGAAACUUUGAUGGCUUCAGGAAACUGUGCAGAUUGGGUAAAAAUUAGCGAAAUGCUGCUUGGGCCAGUACCCGAUGGAUUUAAGUUUCUUCCAAAGCAUAAAGCUAAUUCUUAUUGAUAACAUUAUUUAACAGAAACAAUAUGUAAUAUUAUUGUACAAAAAUGAAAUUGUACUUUUAAAUAGAACUAACCCAAGA